AGCUUAUCAUGGGAUAUCCCAAACAGUGGCAGUCAUUUGGGAAAUGAAAGUUGCUAUUUCCGGAAAAGAAAAAAUACGAAGGAGCGUCCAAAUCAAAUCGAACGACACGGCAACAGCGUUACGGUGGCUGGGUCCGUGUAGCGUCACCAGGAAGCGAAGUGUGAGAGAGUAAAUGCAGCUUGUUUUAUAUUCUUGAAGACAAGGGAGGUUUCUUUAAUGGCGCCCACUGAAACCGAAGCCUUUCAGGCGGUGUUCUUCUCUUUCCUCAAACAUCUUCGAAGCUAAAUCUCAAUUGAGAGACGGACAAAGGGAGUGUGUGUAUUCCUAGGGUUUCGAUUUUGAUUAUCUGCGUCUGUUCUUUUUAUUCUUAAUGCCGUCGACGACGUGGAGGCCUAUGAGCUGGCGAAGGGUCGCCAAGUCUGCGCAGGCUCUCGCUGCCCACAGUUUCCUCCUCUUCUUCACGCUUUUGCUCGUUCUUAAGCUCGACCACAUCGUCUUUUACUCAUGGUGGAUUAUUUUUUUCCCGCUUUGGUUAUUUCAUGCAGUUGUUGCACGAGGAAGGUUCUCUUUACCUGCUCCAUCAGUUCCACAUAAUCGUCAUUGGGCACCGUGUCAUGCUGUUGUUGCGACACCAUUGCUAAUUGCAUUCGAACUGCUCCUCUGUAUUUAUCUCGAGAGCAUUUAUGUUCAUGGUUUUGCUGCAGUGAGCUUGAAGAUUGUUUUCCUUCCCUUGCUGGUAUUUGAGAUGACCAUUCUAGUGGACAAUUUCAGAAUGUGUAAGGCUCUAAUGCCAGGAGAUGAUGAAAGUGUGAGUGAUGAAGCAAUAUGGGAGACGCUUCCUCACUUUUGGGUUGCAAUCUCUAUGGUUUUCUUCAUCGCCGCCACACUAUUCACCCUUUUUAAGCUAUGUGGUGGUGUGGGUGCUUUAGGCUGGUGGGAUUUAUUUAUAAAUUUUGGCAUUGCAGAGUGCUUUGCCUUUCUUGUUUGUACUAAGUGGUCUAAUCCAGUGAUUCAUCAAAAUUCUCAUGCAAGAGAUGCGGGUUCAUCUUCUAGAACCAGUGGAUAUUUUGAUUGGAGUGGUGGUUUAUUAGUUUCUUCAGAAGAGGACCAUCAGCAAGAUAGGAUGUGUGGUCUGCAAGACAUUGGCGGCCAUAUUAUAAAAAUUCCAGUAAUUGGUUUCCAAGUCCUCCUCUGUAUGCGCCUAGAGGGAACACCGGCUGGUGCUAAAAUUAUCCCACUUCCACUUCUUUUCUCCCCUAUUUUUCUACUGCAAGGUGCUGGGGUUUUGUUGGCUGCAUCAAGACUGGUAGAGAAAAUAGUUCUUUUACUGCGCAGUGGUGCCACCACUGGAAGAUAUUUCACCUUUUCUGCAAGUGCCCGUGACUUCUUUAUGUUUUUGCACCAUGGUUCUAGGCUACUUGGCUGGUGGUCUAUUGAUGAAGUCAGUCAAGAGGAGCAGGCCCGGCUUUUCCAUGAUGGGGCUUCUGGGUAUAACACUUUCUGCAGUUAUUCACCUGAAAUAGUGAAGAAAAUGCCUAAGAAGGAUCUUGCUGAGGAGGUAUGGAGACUUCAGGCAGCUCUUGGCGAGCAAACAGAAAUCACAAAAUAUAGCCAGCAGGAAUACGAAAGACUUCAAAAUGAAAAAGUUCUAUGCAGGGUCUGCUUUGAGGCUGAGAUUAGCGUUGUCCUACUUCCCUGCAGACACCGCAUCCUCUGCAGGUAUGUCAGUCUUUGUUUUCUUUGGUUUUGCUAUUGCAAGAAACUAAACUGCUCUUGGUUUUUCCCACGCACACGUGCUCUUCUGUAUUCAUCAUGUUCAAAUUGUUUGCAGCGCCUGCUGUGGGAAGUGUAGAAAGUGUCCAAUUUGCCGUGUCUCUAUAGAGGAGCGCCUACCUGUAUAUGAUGUAUAGUUUUUAAUUGCUGUUUUUAUUUUGUAACACCAUGAUUUAGGGUUCACAGUUUGAGGCAGGUUUACAGGGAAAAUUUCACUUGUUUUACUUCAAAAAAAGGAGAAAAGAAAGAGAAAAAAAAACAGUUCUGAGUGUUGCUUGCUCAAAAUAACAAAGUGUAGCAGUUGAUGAUCAAAAAAUGUAUUGUGCUCUAAUCCUCUCGAAGUUGGUUAGUUUUAAUUAUAUUUGUAAAUAUAAUUUAACUGUUAAUGUGAACAAUUGUAAUAUAUUCAAUACUCUGCUCUUACUGUACCA